AUGCCUGAGUGUACACAUCCAUUAGUUGGCGUCGGAACAUUUGUGAUGCGAGGUAACAAAUUCCUGAUUGGUAAAAGAAAAGGAAGUCAUGGAUCCGGAUCUUGGCAGCUUCCUGGUGGAAAGUUAGAAUUCGGUGAAUCCUUUGAAGACUGUGCAAAACGCGAAGUGCUUGAGGAAACAAAUCUUGAAAUCACUAAUGUGAUUUAUCAGACUACAACAAACGAUGUAAUGACAAAUGAAAAUAUGCAUUAUGUAGGUAUUUUUAUGCGUGCUGAGGUUGUUGAUAUGGGAGCUGAUCCUUUGGUAAUGGAACCAAACAAAUGUGAAUGUUGGGAGUGGGUAACAUGGGAUGAGUUUAUAAAAGGUGGUAUUACUGGUACUGAAAAUAUUCAAGACGGUAAGAUUAAUAAGUAUAGACCCAUGUUUCAUCCUAUGGAGUCUUUAAUUAUUACUAGAAACGGACAGAAACCUCUUAAAGCUCAUGUUCCCACUCAAAAUUAUCAUCCUGCUGUUCUCAUAACUGGUACCUCGGUUGGAAUUGGUCGCGAAACUGCUUUUACUCUUGCGAAACUUGGGUACACUGUAUUCGCUGGUGUCAGAAAAAAGGAUGAUGCUGAUGAUCUUAUUGCUGCUUUUCGCGAAUGCGAUAAUCCCAAAGAAGGCUGUCUUAAUCCUAUUAUUUUAGAUGUGACAAAUAAAGACCAUAUUCAAAAUGCGUAUGAUCAUAUUCAAUCAACCAUUGGUCAUGAAAUUCCUUUCGUUGGUUUAAUCAAUAAUGCUGCAUUAGUUGUCUAUUUACCCAUGGAAAUUGCUUCGGAUGAUGCUUUUUUAAAUAGUUUUAACACAAAUUAUUUUAGUAUUGUUAAUCUUACAAAAAAAUUCUUACCUCUCUUACGGGAAAGUGGUGGCCGUGUGAUUAACAUGGGUAGCAUUGCAGCUUGGGAAAAUUCAGCUAUUAUGGGUAUUUAUUCUGCAACUAAGGCUGCCGUUAGAGUUAUGACCCGCAUUUGGAGAAUGGAAACUAAAGAAAUGGAUGUACACUUUGCUUUAAUUGAACCUGGCAUCAUCGUUUCCAGGUUGAAUGACCAAACAACAUCUAAUUUUCGUAAUUUUAAAUCUUUCUCUUCCCUCUCUGAUUACUAUUCUACUUCACAAGAAGCUAAUUCAAAAGUUAUCGUUGAAUAUGAAAAAUUGUAUAAAGCUGUUGCAAAAUGUAGUGAAAAUUUUAGAGCUUCCCCUACUGAAAUUGCAGCUGAUGCCAUAUUACAUGCUUUAACUGCCCCUUAUCCAAAAAAUACUUAUUAUGUUGGUUUAGAUGCUAAAGUUCUUGCUUCUGUUAAUUGGCUAUUAGGUGAUAGAGUUGCUGAAACUGUACAAUCCAAAGUUUUAUCUUUUGUUUCUAAUUAA